AUGCCUCUCGUCAAUUCAACCUCGGUCAUGGCCGUCAUCUUCCUACUAUACCUGUCCUCUUUUGUCCUCCUCGCGAUCCUGCGCAUUGCGACCGGCAUAUCCAUCCAACGAGUCGGCUAUUUCAGUCUGAGGCACAUAUCCUACACUCCAAAAGAAGGGCUGCGCGUGGAUCUACGGGGACUUGGCUUGAGUCUGCAUAGACCUACUUUUGCUCAGCCGACAUGGAUAAGUCUUGUGUUUGAAGACCUGAAGGUUACUCUCGAUCCAGAAGUGUACGAGAGCUCGUCAACAAAGCCCAGCAGCUCGAGACCGUCUAAAGAGCGACACGGCCCACAUGAGCCUGCGCGCGGAAAUGGCGCUCGUCGACCGGGCGGAAGAAGUAAGCUGUGGAAGCAGUUGACCAAUGUCAAAGAACGCAUCAAACGCGUGCACCGGCAAAUACACAUCUUGCGUAUGUUCGACAUCAGUGCCUUCAAUACUACUGCCGAGAUUGUGGGUGUUGGCUAUGUGCACGUUUCAUCAUUUACAGGAGCUGUCUACACCCGGCGGAAGCUUCUGGAUCGUGGCCGCUUAUUCCGACACAAAAAAGACCCCCUGGGUGGGCAGCAGCCGGCUGAAUGGGUGUUCUCAGUGAAAAGCAUCCUGAUGGGGGUCGGCGGCCGCGACCCGAUCGAGAUUCUGGAUGCCAUGUCGAUCAAUGUACAUGGGCUUCUUUACAAGGAGAGAGCAGGGCUACGGGAUACUUCAAUCGCGAUUAAAGCCGGCCGCCUUCAUGUCCCGAUCGAUGAAAUUCUCCAAUUCUCAAGCCGAAGCAAGAAGAUUGCAAAGACGGCACGACACAGUCAUAGCCCGAAUCCCGUUGAAGAUGUCUCGUUCGAGGAUCUGGUGGAGGAGCUGGAGAGCCCGGGGAGUCGGGAAGCAUCUAUUGUCCAGACCGUGGCUGAUUCGAAAGAGUUUUUCAGCUCGAUCCUUCAGAGUGUUCAAGAAAUCCAGCUCGGAAUGAGUUUCGUGCGGAUAUCGAAAGAGAUCGAAUCCCUUAGGCAGGCCAAUCUACCUUUGGUUGCCAACAUGGUCAUCCAUGAAAUUGGCAUCGAUCUCCACCGACUGGACCAGAAUGCUCCAGUUCAUCGCAUGUACUUUUCCAGAGAAGAUGUCGCCCACCAAGCCUUGGUGGCCGCAGUGUCCAUCUCGGUCAGUCUGGACGAGGAUGACUAUUCGCCGACCAAAAUCAUGUACAUUCCGAUGGCUACCACGACGAUCAGGACUACAUUUCCUGCAAAGACAAUGAGCUUCACCGAAGACCGAGAUGUUGCCGAGAGGAAUACGAAUGUCGUGUUUGCCAACUUUGUGGUCACUUCUCCCUCGAUCGACUUGGUACCGCAACACCUGAUCAGGCUGCUGGCACUCACCAAAUCUCAUACACAGCCCUCUGCUGAGCCCCAACAAAAUCGACAUCGACUGAUCUCCCGCUUGCUUCCGAAGGCUAGCAUCAAAUUUUCAAUCCAUGAGCCAGUUGUGAGGUUCGUGUUGCCCGUCGCCGAUCCUGCCAAUGCUGGCCCUGGCGAAUAUGACAUGAUCAUAAAUUCGAUUUCCUCGAUUUCGCUGGAUAUCGAGUCUUUCCAUUCGUCAGGUGGGGAGCUCCUAUACUCUCUAGGCUCGAACCUGCGUGUCAUGUCACAUCAGCUCUAUUAUCAGGCCUCCACAGGCAUCAAGCAUAAUAUCCUCCUGACUGAUUCUUUGGAGAUAAAGGGCCAAGUUGAUGCUUCAACAGACGUUUCCGUCAGUAUUGCUGGGAAUCUUCGCACAUUCUCCAUCAUUAUGGUCCGGGAAGAAGUGAGCAAAGCAAUCUAUAACAUAGUAAGGCACUUCAAACGACACACCCCUGCUGCAGGCGGUCCCGGCCCCGCCCCGACCGUCUUCCUGAGGAGGCUUCCUCCCUGGCUCAUCGACAUCCAUUUGGAGGGUUCCGGGUGUAGCAUCGAAGCUGCCGGGGUAGAUUCUGCAGUUUCCAACCAGACCCGAGGGGUUGCCUUGGAGCUUGAAUCCUGGACUGCGCACUACACGUCUUCCAGGGCAGACGUGGCUCGAAAGCCGCUUACGAGGAGAAAAGGCAGCACGUCGCUUCGUUUUGGCGAUACCUUUUCAGCGGGCAAAUAUCAGUCACCUCCUACAUCACCCCCUCGGCGUCAUCACACUGACCCGACGGAUGGCCGCCGCCUUGCUUUCCACGUGAAGGGAGUCGAAGGCUUCAUCAUCGAGGCCCUUGACCGAUGGGAACCGAAGUCUUUCAUGACUGUGCCAAGAUUCGAGGUCGCUUUCAGCACAUCUCGAGAUCAGCAAGGUCCGCUCUUCCAUAUACACUCUGCGAUCCGGGCCUUCUACCUGGAGUAUUCACUGUACCGGUUUUAUUCGAUAGGCGUUGCGGGCACGAUCGUCAAGGACGCUUUCUUGGGCCCUGCAUCUGCUACACCGGACCUCCGACGGUCCACACCUCAUCCCAGUUACGAGGAGGUUGUCCAAGAGGCGCGGGCUCCUACUCCCCCAGGCGUGGAGUUGUUCGUCAUUGAUGUGAAGGCCAAUUACGUCCAAGUGAAAGCUAAGAUGCCGGCGGACCCUCCCAUGCUGCUACAGAUCUACCAAGUCUCUGCUGGGCGGCAUAGGUGGUCGGCGCCAUUCCUCAAAGCGCAACUUCUUCGCCUUCAUGCAGAACCUCCUCGUCUCAAAGGUGCUUGGGCGCGCGUGGUGGGUGCGAGCAACGUUCGGAUCGACCUGCGUCACUCAAGGAGGAAGUCGCAGGCUGGCACGGUGGAGGAGAGCUCGAUCGACGUCUCGACCGAUUUUAUCCGUCUCGCCGUGCCGCAUGGCAUGCAAAUGUACAGAGUAUUUGAUAAUUUCAUCAAUGCUAGCAAGGCCAUCGCACAACUACACCAUCGAUUCAAGACGCGGACAGACGAAUACAUUCUUCGGAAGGAUCCUGUGAGUCCCAAAAAGGUUCCACGGGUCUCGCUGCGGUCCAAAGCUCUUUGCUUCGAGCUUGAAGAUGACCCCUUCGAGUGGAAGCUCGGUGUCAUCUACCGCGUCGGCCGCAUUGAACAGAAACAGCGACUUGCCCGUGCCGAUGCAUUCCGUCUCAAGGUCAAACGUCUAAACGAUGAAAAGCGCCCACGGUCAACUUCUCGUUACCGUGCCACAUCAAGUCGUCCCGGCUCCCCAACCGCUUCCCGUGAUCAUCGGUCUCGACGAUCCAGAAGCCUUGACAACACUCCACGGAAACGAUCGACCUCCAGAGGGAGGCGCGGCAAAUUGUCUUCCUCGAUUCGGUACGAUCGGGAAGGAGUUUGUGCAUUGAGCAGCAGCGCAAAAAUCGAGGCCAGCGAGGCAUGGGACAAGCUCCUAGAGCAUAACGCAGGGAGCUGGAAGAGGCGGAUUGACUGGAUGCUCCGGCUGCAGAACAACACCGUCCAAAAGAUUCGUCAGAUGUUCCAAGGAGCCGAUGAGCCGCCUCACGACAGUGCCGAGGAGGAAACCAUUCUUGCCAUCCCGAACCGUCCCGGGCUGAUGACUGUGAUAAUCAGUGAUUUGCAUCUUGUGGUCGACAAACCCUCGUUCCCGCCGGCCGAAUUGCCCAAGUUUCUCUACGAAAUCGGCAAAGGGAUACCCUACGAUACUCAGUAUGCACUGCUUAUUCCGGUCAGCGUCAGUUUGGACAUGGGUGAAGCCCGAGUCAUGCUUCGAGACUAUCCGCUCAACCUCCUCCAUAUUCCUGCCAUCCGCCCCGGCCAGCCUCCCCGACUUCCGAGCUGGUCCUUGAGAACCGACUUUGUCAUUGCCGAAGAGUUUCGAGACGAGGAGUCGAUGCGACAUAUCAAUGUUGAAAUUGUUCCCAAAGGGCAGUGCGGGCCCAGAGGGGAGGAAAUCCCUCGCUUUGCCAUUGAUGUCCAACGGACCGUGUCACCCGUCAAGACAUUCUCGAAUCCCGUGGUCGAUAUCAACACGAGCCAGUCCACCACCAUCUCCUGGGGGACGUCGUACCAGCCUGUCAUACAAGACAUGAUGAUGAUCAUUGAGGGUUUCACGAAGCCGGAAAUAGACCCGUCAGAAAGAGUGGGCUUCUGGGACAAGAUCCGAUUGAGCUUUCAUUCGCGCUUGACCGUGAACUGGAAGGGGGAUGGAGAUGUUCAGCUGCGGCUGAAGGGCUCCCGAGACCCUUACGUGGCAACUGGCUACGGCGCUGGGUUCGUCAUGUGUUGGCGCAAUGAUGUACAGUGGCUGAUCCACGCUGUGGACGACCCGCGCAAGUUCAUGACGGUCAGAAGCGGCGAGUAUGUGUUGGCUAUCCCAGACUACAGCCACGAAGCCCGCAACUCCCCCGAGCAGAAGGCGAGUCACGACUCAGACAGCAUGUCGAGCAGCAGCACCCAGAAGAAUGCCGCGCUCUUCAAGAAGGUGAUUAUGAAGGUGUCGGGCAAUGUCCAAUGGACGGCCGGGCUGGUCUUCGAAAGGGCGUUGGAUGAUGGAGGCCGGACGUCAAACUUCAAGCACCAUUACGAUGUGGUCUUGAAAAACCCCGCCCAGAUGCACAACGUGGAUCUGAGCACCUACGAUGCCUUCCGUGGGUUCCGAAGUAAUCACAUCCAUCUGUCGGUGACGCUGGCAGCCCCUUUCGACCGAGACUGGGUUGGUGCUGACGCCGCUCCUUCGGAGAGCUACAAUAGCGUUCAUCUGAGCCCCCGGUUCUUCUCCCACUUUUUCGACUGGUGGUCGUUGUUCUCGGGGGUCAUGUCUCUGCCAAUCCGACAAGGUCCGCUAUGGAGAGGCCCGGAGACAUCGAGCAAGAAAUUUGGCCGUCAUCUGGCGACCAUCAAGUACGGUCUCCUUCUAUCGCCGCUGUUUAUUGCGCAUGUGUAUAAACACAAGGAUGCCGAGGACUACCAAGAAGACCUGGUUCAUGCCACCGGGUUGAAGAUCAAAAUCGACAGCUUCAUGCUGGAUCUGCAUCAGCGUCGCGAACACUUCGACACUCUCUCGAAGGGAAAGGCACAACAGAUGAGGACGAGUGCCAUGAAGAUCAACAAGGCCGAGCUGGAUUUUGUCCGCGCCGACCUGCGGGCGGUGGCGGCCAGCAUCGCCGGGACCACGGCGGAAGAGCUCCAAAGGGCGUCGGACGACAUGUUGUCCUCAUUGCAGGAGGUGCCGGCAAACGUCGACAUGUCCCAAUUCACCAUCCCCGACCGCGACUUUACUUGGAUCGACAUGGACGACUUUGUGGAGUUGGAUUGGGUUCUGCCCGCCGAGUCCAAUCCGGAAACCAAAAUCUUACCCCUGGCAUUUUGCCCCCGGUUCACGUAUUUCCGGCAGACCGACCACGGCGCCGGCAUCCAAGGCGACGAGUCUCGGACCAGCCCUUUCGGUGACGAAGACACCCAUUUCUGCGUCAUGUCGAAGCACAACGACCCGCGCAAGGUGCAGAUGGACUUGAUCGGCACCCGACUGCAUGACCUCGAAGAGAAGCUCAAAAUCCACUCGAAGCUCAUGGCCGAGCAUGAGCUGCUUGUGAUCCGCGACGGAGACCAUAAUCCGAGCAUCAAAGAGAAACACAACACCCUUGUCGCACAAAACAAGGAGCUGGAGAGCAAGCGAAGAUUCCUCGAACAUGGUCUCCGGCGUCUCGGGGGCCAUGCCAAUCCCGGAGAAGCGCAGCCACAGGAAGCUUCUCGCAGCCAGGCGCCUCAGGGGGAUCCAUUGACGGCCGAGAUCGAUGCUCAAAUCAACGCACCGCCUCAUGUCGACAUGGAUGCAUUGUACGCGGCCCCCCACGACGAGUUUGCGAGUGAUUUCAACAACCGAUUUAUCAUCCACAACGCGCAGUUCAAGUGGAACAACUCUCUGCGGAACAUCAUUCUUCGCUAUAGCCACCAAGUCAGCCAACGUCGCGGGUUUGUGUAUUAUAUGUCUCGCCGGGCCGUCAAAUUCAUCCUUGACAUCGUCGAUGAGCAGGCCAAGGCAAAAGAGCUCCGUCGCAAACAAGAGCAGAGGCCAGAGAUGCAAGUUCCGCCCACCCCCAGCGUCUUCUCGCCCACCGAAGAAAAGGACGAGGAUUUUGUGGUCGAAGACAGGAUACAACAACUCUUGAACGACGCCAAGCGGUUUGUGCAAGCUGGUGACGACCAGGCUGACGAGUUGCCCGCCACGCACGAGGCAGAUACCACGACGACCGGCCCGGAGCGGCGACCAUCCUCGGUGGACCUGGGUGACAAGAUCGCCGAGAACUUCCAAGCAAUGAACAGCUAUCACCUCCGUCUGAUUGCGCCACAGAUCCAGCUCCAAAGCGAGAAGAACACCAAGUCCAUCGCGCUCAUUGCCACCAAGGGGAUGCAGCUCAAGGUCGUGGCCAUCAUGGACAAGGCCCGCAUGUCAGACGACGUGAGCGGACUGGUGCAGCGCCGGUUUGCCCUGGACAUGGAUGGCGCGCAGUUUUUCGUGGCCAGCCAAAAGACCCUCGCACAGUAUCUGCAUCUCUAUUCCGGCAACCGCUACGGGAAUACUCCUGGAUCGUCCUGGCCUCCGUGGGUGUCCCUCGAGGCCAUGUUUGACUUCCACCUGGAACCGUUCGGCUUCCAACGGGUGAUCCAGAAGACAUCGGCGAGCCUGCGAUACGAGCGGUAUAAUCCUCUCCGUCUGAAGUACAACGAGGAAGUGGAGAGCGAUGAGAGCGGUGAAGUCAAACACCCAUCCUCGGGCCGCGAGAAUCGGAUUGAUCAUCUCUGGGUCGACUUUCCCCGGGUCCGUGUCCGAUGCGACUCGGCGCAGUACUAUACCAUGUAUAUCAUCGUGCUGGAUCUUCUUCUGUACAGCGAACCGUUGGAAAAGACGCGGAGUGAGCGGCUAGAAAAGAUCAUGCUGGCAUCCGACUUCAGUGACUUGAGAGGCGCUCCCGAAAUGGCGGAGAGCCUGCAGCAACGGAUCCGACAGCUUGAAGAGAUCAAGGUCCAUUUCCAGAUCAACGCCAAAUAUCUCGACAAGCAAGGCUGGCAGGAUCGGAUCAACCUCGAAAAGGACCUGGCCAGCUGCGAAGACGAACUGUUCUUCCUCAUGAAAGCCAUCAACACGUCGCAGCAGAAGAACGACGACCGGAAAGCCUCUUCUCAAUCCAGUGCGCUGCUGCGGUGGUAUCUGAGCGCCUCGGAGAUUGUGUGGCACCUGAUGAUAGACCAAGACGAGGCGUUGCUCGAGGUCCAGCUCGGCAAUGCGGCGUAUGAGCGCAUCGACAACAGUGACGGCUCCAAUCAUAACGCCAUGGAGAUUGAGCACAUCCGCGGCUGGAAUCUCCUGCCCAACGCCAUCUACCCCGAGAUCAUCGGCCCCUAUUUCGAAUCCGGCGAUCGACGUGGCAGCCUGCCCGACGGCGCCAAAAUGGUCCAAGUCCACUGGUACAUGCUGGAGGCCAUUGCCGGGAUUCCGGUCCUGGAGCAGUUCCAUGUCACCGUCUUCCCCCUCAAGGUGCAAUUGGAGCGGGAACUCAGCAAGCGGCUGUUUGAGUAUAUCUUCCCCGGCAUCGGAUCGAAUGCUUUCGAACAGGGGAACUUUUCACCCCUCAUGGUCCGGACCAUGGAGCCGUUGGAUGAUGGCGAAGACGAAGAGCUGCGGAAAGCACAAGAGGUCUUCCGCUCGGACUCGGAUCUGCCGGGCUCCAAUACCGAGUCACAGCGUGGCACUUCGCCGGGGGCCAUGGCCAGAAGGCUGAAGCCGACGUACAACCUGAACUACAAUGACAGAGACAGCCCGACCUCGACGCACGGGAGAAGAGGCCUGGGGCUGGGAGGCGAUCACAAGUUCUUUAAGCAUUUCAACUCGUCGAGUGCCCGAUCGGUGCUCAAGGAACCAACGCGCAAAGCGUCGGCUAGCAGCUUGAGGUCGAAAAAGACCGAUGCUUCGUCUACCAGUCUGGUCGCGCUGGGCACGGCGGAAGAGAAGAAGCGCAACAUGAUACAUCGGACGACCAGUAAAGAGCUCGGUCUGGCGUUGAAAAAAGACAAGAAGGAGAAGCCGUCGGACGAUCUGUCGCAGAUGAUGUCCCGGGCGUCCAACUACAUGACGCUGGCGCACGUCAAGCUGGACAGUUUUGUCGUGUGCCUCAGCUACAAGGGCAAAGGGGAGCGGAACUUUGAAGACCUGCACGACUUUGUCUUCCGCAUGCCGACGUUGGAAUACCGCAACAAGACCUGGUCCAACCUCGAUCUCGCGCUGCGGCUGAAGAAGGACGUGAUCCGCGCCUUGAUUUCGCACACGGGCGCCAUCAUCGGCAACAAACUCUCCCGCCACCGGCCCAGCAAGCGGCAGGUGGAACGGCUCAAGGAGAUCGCGCACUCUUCCACCAUCGCGCCCUCCGAGUUCAGCCUGCAGCUGUCCGGGACCUCGGACACCACGAGCCUGUACAGCUUCUCCCAAGACGACCGAGACGACGACUUUGAGUCUUCGGGCAUAUCUUUCCAGUCCCCGACCGUCACCAACGGACACAAGAGCGGGCCUUUUGGAGGGCCAUCGCCUCUCCUUCGCAGCGGAUCGUGGCACGCGAGCAAUAUCAACCUCGCCGCGGGCCACGGCGGCGGACUGUCACUGGCACCGCCCCCGCCACUGCCAGCCGCCAGUAGUCACAGUGGCCCUUCCAGCAGCCACUCUCAGUCUCCCUCGUCCAUCGCCCCAGGCUCGGACCGGCCCAGCACGGCCAACUCCUACAGUUCCAAGAGUCUGCUGAAAGAGACGAUCAGGCAGCAUUUCUCCAGCGACACGGGAAAGGGUCGGGUGCAUUUCAGUGGCUUAGGUCUCAUCAAGAGCGAGGGCCAUCGUGAGAGCCGAGAGAGCAGCGUGCACCGAGAAAGAGACAAAGACCUCGAUGAGGACAAUCGUGCCCAGGAUCCGAGUCCGCACAAGGAUGACGGCGGUGGCGGUGGCAGUGGCGGCGGCACCACCGAGAGUGACGCCGAUGCCGAGAGUGGUCGGCGAAAGAGCGUCUUGUCGCUGGGGAAGAAGGUACUGAAUCGAUUGAGCUGA